GUGGAAUUGGUUGGCGGCGCGUGCACUUGAGUCCACGGGAAGCAUGGUAUCCAUCCGAACACCGAGCCUGGUGCAGAUGUCGAGCCGGGGAGCGCUGCUCGCCGCCUGCUGCCUGAGCGCGCUCCUCCUCGCGCUGCUGCUGGUGCGGCAGCUCGUCAAGCAGAGGAGACCUGCGGGCUUCCCCCCGGGUCCUUCACCCAUCCCGGUGAUAGGAAGCAUUCUCUCCCUGGUCACCGAGCCGCACGUCUUCCUCAAGAAGCAGAGUGAAGUUCACGGACAGAUCUUCAGCUUGGACUUGGGCGGUAUCUUGACAGUAGUCUUGAACGGAUAUGACUGUGUGAGGGAAUGUCUUUACCACCAGGGGGAAGUGUUUUCCGAUCGCCCGUCCUUACCACUCUUCGAGAAAAUGACCAAAAUGGGUGGUCUUCUCAACUGCAAAUACGGCAAGGGCUGGAUUGAGCACCGCAAACUAGCAUGCAAUGCUUUCCGAUACUUCGGAAGUGGUCAGAGACAGUUCGAGAGGAAGAUUUCCGAGGAGUGCAUGUUUUUCGUCGAUGCCAUCGACGAACACAAAGGCAAGCCCUUCAACCCCAAACACCUGGUGACCAACGGCGUAUCCAACAUCUCCAACCUGAUCAUUUUCGGCCACCGCUUCACCUACGACGACAGAAACUUCCAGCACAUGAUCGAGAUCUUCAGCGAGAAUGUGGAGCUGGCCGUCAGCAGCUGGGCUUUCCUCUACAAUGCCUUUCCGUGGAUCGAGUAUGUGCCUUUCGGAAAACACCAGAAGCUCUUCCGCAAUGCCGCUGAGGUCUACGAUUUUUUAUCGCAAGUGAUUCAAGGUUUUUCGCAAGGAAGAGUUCCGCACCGACCUCGACAUUACGUUGACGCCUACUUGGAUGAGUUGGAGCAGAAUUCAGGAGACCCCAGUUCCUCUUAUUCAUAUGAAAACCUCAUUUAUUCGGUGGGGGAGCUCAUCAUAGCCGGCACAGAGACCACCACGAACACCCUGCGCUGGGCCAUGCUUUACAUGGCGCUCUAUCCAAACAUUCAAGAGAGAGUCCAGAGGGAGAUCGACAGCGUCCUGCCCAACGGCAGAGCCCCCACCCUGGAGGACAAGCAGCGGAUGCCGUACGUGGAAGCAGUCCUGCAUGAGGUACUGCGCUUCUGCAACAUCGUUCCCCUGGGUAUCUUCCGCGCCACCUCUCAAGACGCUCAUGUCAACGGCUACAAGAUUCCCAAGGGCACCAUGGUGAUCACAAACCUAUACUCCGUGCACUUCGACGAGAAAUACUGGAUCGACCCCGGAGUCUUUUCACCCCAGAGGUUUCUGGACAGCAGUGGCAACUUUGUCCGACGUGAAGCCUUCCUUCCCUUCUCUAUGGGGAGGCGUCAGUGUCUUGGAGAGCAGCUGGCACGCAUGGAAAUGUUCCUCUUUUUCACCACUUUGCUGCAGAGGUUUCACCUUCAAUUCCCACCCGGAAGCGUUCCAACUGUGGCACCUAAACUGGGCAUGACCUUGCAGCCCAAGCCCUACUCCAUCUGUGCCGUCCGCAGGCAGCGGAAAGCCGCUGCCUCCAGAGACACUCCCCGCGACAAGAUGGCGAGAGGACAUUUGCUCUAACCACAAACAAGAAACAUCAUUUCCCGAUUCCCACCAAACACAGGACAAAUGCUUUAUCACUCAGGGUCACGCUGUAGCAUUCUGUUUCUUGAGUAAUGUUUUCUUGCAUGUCGAAGCUGAAAAGACGUUUGACUUUGGCGAUUUGCCGAGCAACAUUUGCACAGGCAGCACUGCACAACCCUCGGUCGGAAGGAGGCACCAGUGCGUAUUGAUCGGCUUCUCUGUAGCAUCCAGGACAGUGGAAUGUCUCUGAACCUGGGUGCUAGCCUGGGUUAGUCACAUAAGUCAAUGAUUGACACUAUGUACACCCAAUGUGGUUCAUAGCCCUUCUUCCCAGGACAGCACCAGGUCAGACAAAUGAGACUUCCCAAGAAGGACUGGAACACUGUGCUGGGGUCAAAGCUCAUGUGGACUGACUCUGACCUUGUGUCUGGGACGAGCCCUCGGUGGGCAAACUGUCUCUUCGAAAGCAAACCAAACCUUUCAGGAUUUCUAGAAACUGUGAACUGCCUUCUGCUAAAUGGUGCCUAUCGCUAUGAACAAAGUACUUAUCUUUUGCAAACCCCAGCAGUAUUUGUGUGCUUCAUUUUAGCCUCUUUUUAAACAUGUGUAUUGUAUCCGUGUUCCUUUUUUAACAUUCUCUAUUAAUACUUGAAUAUCUUUUAUUAUUGAACCUCGAUGUUAACCGUUCAUUGUGUUUAGAAUUGCACUACCGAUGACACUCUGUGAGCAAUUUGUAUGGUCAGCCUGUGUUUCUAUGGGACUUCCUCACCAAGUCCAUAAGAGCCAUGCACACAGGGUGAAGGAAGAUCACCUCUCCACCCGUAUCAGCUCAGACUGCCUCUGUCGAACAGUGCUCUUUGUAUCUGGGAUAAAUGUCAGACAUUAUUACAAUGUUUUACAAGGCAAAAUAA